CUUGAUUACUCAAAAGAACUUCACAUGGAAACGAUGCAUCCAGACAACACGAGCAAAGCAGGGACCAACAAACUCAUUUAAAUGCUGAAAGAACCAUCAUUUGUCACGUCUACAUAUUUUGUUUGUUUCCAAAAUAUAAAAACAUGUUUUUGAAAGUUUUAGCCACCAUGCUGAGUUAAUGUCCGGUAAAGCAGAACUCAAAGUUUCGUUCUUAGUACUAAAGAAGUUGUUACGACAUGAGCAGGGGGUUUCAUGUUCACUUUCGGUUCAGCAAAGAAUUUGCACCACACCUAAUGUCAACAUACUGCUUCCUGGGCAAGAUUAUAUUUCUGCUGUUCAUGUGUUUUUAUUUCCACAGUUACAUACUGUAGAUGGUGUUGUUGUGGUCAAACCAGCACCAUGACGUUCAAGUAGAGCAAAUAAACUGCAGGAUAAAUCCCUCCCCACUGAGGAGUGGUAGGUCAAAUCCGGAUCGGGUUUCAUUUCUCUCUUUCUGUUUCAUGUACCGAGGACUUAACAAUGGCUGCUCGAGAGCAAAGAAGCAGAGAAGAAGAAUUUCUGAUAGACCAAGAACCUUUCAGAAGCAAUGCUUUGUUGCUUAUCGAUAAAAUGUUGGACCUCAGUAACCAAGUUCGCCAAGAAGCUCUAGUGGAUGAGAUUCUUCACAGCAUCUUCUUUUUUGGAAAACUCCGCAAGCCAUCAGUUUCACCAGAAAGUAUUCUGAGUCAUGACGAGAUGUUCAAUGACUUGGAGCGCCGCUUCCCUGAGCCCUUUAAGCUCUAUUCCUCUCAGCUACCCAGACGGAGUCCAUUUUCAUGUGUGCUAGACAUGAUUGUCCUCCUGUUAGGACGACAGAAGGAAACAGACAUAAUAGGUCGCCUGCGAAUGCUCAUCAAGGACCUGAAGCCUGAUGAAUCAAGGGAUCUGGUCCCCUCCACCAUCUGUGUCUCUAACAAAACCGAUAACAAAGAUCAAGUCAAGUACUAUGGAGUCUCCAUGUCCGCUCCUACUGGCCCUCUUCCGAGGCGAUUCAUGAUUGCUGCGUCCUGUCUUAGCAACUGGGACAGGUAUGUAGCUGGUGCAGUGAUGACCUACUUUCCAAUCAAGAAAAAGAACCCACAUUUUGAUGGAACAAUCAAAAUUCCACAGCAUGUCAGGUGCCAGGCGUUUGACCUCUUGGACAAAAAAAGCAAGCCUCCUUGCAGAUCAUGUGCGAAUAUGUUUGGUUUGACAACAGCUGCAGAGAAUGUGUCUGUUUAUGGCAAUUGUGCCGAAGUUGAAAGUUUGACCAACUUGUUUAAAAAUGGCGUUGAUGUCAAAGAGCAAGCACGACCAACAUCUUCGAUGUACUCAGAUGAGAAGAGGGAGAAGGUUGAAAACCUUGUGAAGGGAGAUCUCAGGAAUCUCCUGAAGGAGAAGAAGUGGAACUUUACAUGGAAUGGUCAUUUCUACCCCCCUCGAUGAGUUUGAUCCUAAAAGGGGGAAAUGAUUGAAUAGCCUGUUAAAUAUUGAUAAAUAGGGCUACAAUUCCCGUGAUCCUUUCUUAUGAUGUGAACAAUGAUUCCUGUUGAUGUGAUUCUUUAUCCGUAAAACUAAAAUGAUGUCACUGUAAACAUCUAUAGGCACUGAAAUUCACAUGUGGGGUCGAUCACACCGGAAGCUUAAAAAAACCCGCUCUUUGGCAAAGCCUCUUGCUUCAUUUGAUUGGCUGCCUCGGUCGAUUGAGACAUUAAUAUUUUAACUUUUAUGCGCGUGUUAAAACAGCCGUACAAUAGGAAGACAAUGAUUUUGGAGGAGAGGCGCUUUUAGCGAUCAGAGCUGUCAAUAUAUAGUUUGUUUAUCAACGCUUAUUGUUAAUGAUGCAGCUACUAACAAAAAAUAUAUUAAUGUAUUCAUGUCUGAAUACAAAGCAGGCAGAAGAUACAAAAGUUCAUGUACUGAUUUAUGUCAAUCACAAUAAAAUCACAAAUAUUGA